CUAAUUUACUCUCGAUAAAAAAAUCAACAAAAUUAUGGGAUCCGUUACGGUCCUGCCUUUUUUCAAAUUCGGCCGUCUUGCCAGACGAACCCCCCGACGAUCUGCCUGAGAGAGAAGCUGAAGCGUCAU